GCCAUUAGGAGCGCAAUUGGCCUGAAUGUCUUCCGCCUAAUUCCGGAUGAUGGGGCCAGCGUAAGCGUCCAACAAUUGGCACAAGAGACUGGAGCGGAUGAGAGACUUAUAUCACGUAUUCUUCGAGCUUGCGCCAGCACGCAUGUCUUCGACAAUCCCUCUGAAGGCCACUACUCUCACAAUGCUGCCUCAAGGGCUUUCUUGAAGGAGCAAAACCGAGACAUGUUCCAGCAAAUGUACGACUUCGUUGGCAAAGGCACCUACGCACUGCCUCAGUAUUUUAAACUCACAAACUGGAAGGACCCAAACGAUUACAAUAACAGUGCGUUUCAUUUAGGGCAAAACACAAAGCUCGGCUUUUGGGAGUACCUUAAAGAAGAUCCCGAGAGAAUGCGUCUUUUCAACAGUGGCAUGCGCUCUGUCGCAACCAUAGGCGGCGAGAACAAGAGCAGUGGACCUUUUCCAUUUGAGAUCCUCGUUGGCGCCGACCCCACCGAGCAAGUUACUGUUGUAGACGUUGGUGGUGGACGUGGACAGGCACUGGAGGCAAUACAUGAAAACUAUCCCUUAAUACAGUGGAACAUGAUCUUACAAGAUCAGCCAGAUGUGGUGGAAGAUGCCAAGGCAAAGGGUCUACCGUCAUAUAUCCAAGGUCAAGGUGGAUCCUUCUUUGAGCCUCAGACAGUCAAAGGCGCGCAUGCGUACAUCUUUCGUCGAAUAUUUCACGAUUGGAAUGACCAAGAUUCUCAGACCAUCUUGGAGCAGACCCGAUCUGCCUUAAGUCCCAGCUCUAGAAUCCUCAUCUUUGACACAGUCGUGCCCAGUGUUCAAGCUCCACGCGAUCUAGCUUUGCAGGAUCUCAAUAUGAUGAGCUUUGCGGGCAUGGAACGAACGGAUAGACAGUGGGAGGAAUUGCUCAAGGCUUCCGGGCUAAGACUGGUAAAAUUUUGGAGAUCUAAUGUAACUAAACACGCUGUGAUUGAAGGUUCUUUGCCCUAA